AAUACUUAAGUAUGCCCUCUGCUUUUUGCAAGUGAAUAAACUCUGCAGUCAUGUUCUGGGUCUACCAUAUAUAUCCCUCGAGGUAAAGAAAUGCUAGUAUUCACAUUAACUCUUGGUUCAUAUUGAUUUCACUGACAAGUUUACUUUUGCAUAGUGCUGACCUAUUUUCUAUCUUUUAGACAUUACAUCUCAUUUCCACCAACAUGUUGUGUUCACUUGAAAGCAUCUGGCAACUUUUGACAAACCCAUUCUUAUUUAGACAACUUUGGAAAAUCCAAUGUUGUCCCACACGUGUGUGUGUGUGUGUGUGUGUGUGUGUGUGUUUCUAGUGAGACUUAAUGCCAACUCCCCCCCCCACAAAAAAAAAGCAAAAGAAAAAAUUGGCUGCAGCACUGUGAUUCACACUCACUUAUAAAACUGAAACUAAAUUGAACUCAUAUAUAUAUAUACAUAUAUAUCUGCUUUUAGCUUUAAACAGAUUAAAAUUAGUUGGGGAUAUGUGUGUUCACAAUCCUUGUAUUUAGCAGAAACUGAAUUUGUGUGAUUUUCAGUUUGCCUCUCCAGUUCUGGGAACUGAUCUGUUAAGUAAUUGGGAAAUUGGAAGAAAUGAAGAUCUGUUGGAGUUGCUAAGAUGGACUUCUGAGCAGAUAGUUUCUCUCCUGUGGUUCUUUAAUUCUACAGAGCAAUAUCAUGAGCACUAUUAAGAUUAGCCUCCUAAUAAAUCUUUUCUGACUCUAAGUUCCAUUUUGGAGCCUGAGAUGGAGGUAGGGCCCAAAUUUUCAGAAGUGUGUAGUCAGGUUUCUACUCUUGGCCUCUUCGUGACUACUGAGGAUUUACAGGAGAUUCCUAAUGAAGGUAAGACACUGAGAAAGACCAAAUUCCUACCUAUCUGGCCAGAGGAUUCAACCCCUCUAGUUAACAGACCUUAUUUCCUUCCUUCAUAACUGUAAUAAUAUCCCACAGGGACAAAAAGGAAGGGAAACUACUUCAUUAGAAGGAUCAAUAGAAAUUCAAGAGGUAGUUCAUAAUGACCUGAUAUGUGACACAAUUAAAAAAAAACAACCCUCUACAUUUUUGGCAUGCUCGUCAAAAUAUUUAGAACAUUAAUGACAAUAUAGAAAACUUUGCUGACUUGAGCUGAUCAAUGGAAUGUGAAGGCAGUAUACUUUAAAGCUAUUUACUUUUGCACAGAAUGUCUAUUAGUCAGUUUGUAUUCUACUCAAAUGUAGAUGGACGGGCAUAAUGUUUUCUUGUGCAUUUGAAACCUAUCAAGGAGAAAAUAAACCAUUCCACUAAAACACAUAGGCCAAACACCAUCUGGGCAAGUGAUAAAAGCUAUCCAGAGGCUAUACUAUGUAAAAUAACAAGGUCAAUUUACAUGGGUUUCAUAGUACUUGACUAUGCAGUUUUGAAAAGAAUACAUCCAAAAUAAUCCAAAUUAAUUCUUACUAUAGGUCAUUGUAAAUUUAAGUAUAUUUGUGGGUUGGAAAGUAUUCUUUAGAGGCAUUUAGAAUCUCUGAAAAUGUAUCCAAGUCCAAGCAGAAAGAUAUUUGUGAUGUAGCUCUCUCUGUUUCUUAACAAGAACUAGUAUCAUGAUCCAUGGAAAUGCAUUUUGCAAAGUGAAAGGGAUACAGUUUAUUGAACUGUUGAGGCCACUAGAGUAAAUUUCUACUAUAUAUAUGCAUAUACAUAUAUAAAAAUAUAAUGUAUGUAUGUGUGUAUGUGUGUGUACUAUUUUCACCACCACCUAUUUGAACUUUAAAGCAAUUGUCUAUUUCAUAUUACUCAGAAGCAACUGGUUAGUUCCUUUAUUCAUAUGUGCAGAGAUAUACAUGAGUAUUUUACAAUUCAGUUUUAACACAUUGUUUUUUUUGUCCUUAUGAAAAACAAAGCCUUCAGUUGUUAUCUGGCAGUUUUUGUAUGAAUCACAUUAGCACACACAGUGCUAUUAGUAUCUCAAAAUUCACUAGCAUCUGUACUUGUGACUAACCAAGACAUGAACUGAAGCUCACACUCUACUCAGACCUUUGGUUGACAUUCGAUUUUGAACCUGCCAGAUGCAUUUGUGUGAACCAGGGAUACUGCAUCUUUAAUGAACAAGUCUUCCCUCUUUCCCCUGUUUUUAAAUACAACCCAAGCAGUGUAGCACUAGGCACUGCAAUUGUCAAAGACAAUUAGACUGAAAGCACGAAAAUUUCACCUCCCUGUCUCAGUGAUAUGUAGAAUGUCGGCAGUGUGGGUCAGCCUUGCCACAGAGUUGUGUGAGAAUAUAUGAAUCAGUCCUAUAGAAUGUUAAAUAUUUAUAAAAACAGUUCUGUACUACACCAAGGUUGGGAGCAAAUUCAUUCCUCUUGUUUUCUUCCAAUACACAAACAAAAAAAAGUAAAAGUUUAUUUCUAGGCUUAAAAUGCUCUCUCUCUCUCUCUCUCUUUCUCUCUUUCUCUCUCAUUCUUUUUCUCUUGUGUGGGUCUGUGUGUAGGUAAGUUUCCCUUGGGAUUUUAAUACAUUUACUAGCAAAUAGUCAUUUCUUUGUUUUUUUUCCAUCUGACUAUAUUCGAACAUUGUUCUUUAUAACCAUUUCUACCUCAUUGCUACAUAUUGUACAUGUAGUAUUUAUUUGUUGUCUUUUUUUGAAUGUCAUGCAUUUUGUGAGAAAAAGACUUGUCCUUGAAUUUGAACAGUCUACCUCAGAAAGACUGUCUUUACACUGAACAGUAUUAGCAAACUAAAUUAUAAGAAGCAUUAUAGAAGUGUAGCAGGGUAGAUAAUGCACAAGUACUUGGGAUAUUGAUGGAUGUUUAAUUGUUCUCAUAACAAAAGACUGCUUAAAGGAAU